GCCCACUCCGCGCCCAGGCCGGGGACUGUCCGUACGAGGGAAGGCCGCAGGCGCGCCCCAUCCGCCCGGCGGGCGCUCCCGCUGCCCACAGGCCAGUGGCUUCCCUUGCCCAGGCUGUGAGGAGGCCCCGCCCGCCCCUAGCCCGGAGGGGCCGCGUGGCUGGGCUGGGGUCGUUGCGCACGGGGGCUGGGGACUGAGCGGGACCGGGCCUGGCUCUCCCCGAGGGCUCCAGACCCGCGGCGCCCCAGGUCUGGCUCCGGGUCUCCAGCCCUGCACCAGCGGCCUUCCCGCUCCCCGAGGCCCCGGCUUCCCUCGUCCCGCCCGCAGAGCCCCUGUCCUGCCCCGCCUGAGCCCAGGAGCACCCGGCCCAGCCAGAUCCUCCCCGUAGUGGGCAGCUGGCGAGCCGAGACCCGCCUGCACCCCGGCGAAGCACAGAACUCCCUCGCCCCGGAGGGGAAACCGACCCCGGGCCGGGAGCUGCCGGGCCCUACGGAGCCCCCUGUGCUGACAGCGACCCUUGUCCCCCCAGGGUGCCAGGGCCGCGCACCUGCGUGGGGAGGAGCCGCCUGGCACCGCGGAUGAGCGGGGCGAGGGACGCUAGAUGGCAGCAGGGACCGGCGCUACCGCCAGCCGGGGCCCGGCCGAGAGGCGAGCGAGCGCCCGGCAGGAGAACCGCUGCACCUGGCCUAAGAGAUGAGCCCAAGGUGGCGGGGGGAGCCCCAUGCUGGAGGCCAUGGAGAUGCCGAGCCACUCCAGACAGCUGCUCCUGCAACUCAACACGCAGCGGGCCAAGGGCUUCCUGUGCGACGUGAUCAUCGUGGUGCAGAACGCGCUGUUCCGCGCGCACAAGAACAUCCUGGCGGCCAGCAGCGUCUACCUGAAGUCGCUGGUGGUGCACGACAACCUGCUCAACCUGGACCACGAGAUGGUGAGCCCGGGCGUCUUCCGCCUGGUGCUGGACUUCAUCUACACCGGCCGCCUGGGCGAGUGCGAGCCGGGCGAGCAGGGCCUGGGCGCCGUGCUGGCGGCCGCCAGCUACCUGCAGGUGCCGGCCCUGGUGGCUUUGUGCAAGAAGAAGCUGAAGCGGACGGGCAAGUACUGCCACCUGCGAGGCGGCUACAGCCCCUACGGCAAGAUGGCCAGGGGGCUGCGGGCCGCCACCCCCGUCAUCCAGACCUGCUACUCGGCUGCCCCCCGGCCUGUGGACAUGCAGCCUGGCGAGCCCCACAGCACCCAGUGCGGGGAGCUCUAUGCCUCUGCCUCCCAGGGCACCGCCCUGCACCAGCCUGGGCUGUGCCCACCCGAGAGGCACUGCUCCCCCCCCUGCGGCCUGGACCUCUCCAAAAAGAGCCCCACCAGCCCUUCCUCCCAGCUGCCCACAGACAGACUCCACCCGGGGGACAGCAGGGAGCCCUUGCUGCCCCCCAGGCACGACAGCCCCCCGGGCAGCGCUUCCCUGCUGGCCAACCACAGCUCCGCCUACAAAGACCCUCCCCAGGUGGGCGAAGGCGUGAUUCACCCCGCGGAGCGCUUCCGUGGCAGCCCGCCCUGUGCCGAGUCCCUUGCCCGGGCCGAGGGCCGCGACUUCCUGUACCGCUGGAUGAAGCACGAGCCCCCGGGCAGCUACCUGGAGGAGUGUGAGGCGGAGAAAGAGCCUGAGCGGGAGGAGAAGGCCGAGUCGCCCCUGCAGUCCCGCUACCCCAGCAUCGAGAGCAACGAGAUGGAGAACGACAACAGCACCAGCGAGGACACGGGCAGCAGCGAGGGCCCAUCCCCCGGGGGCACCCUGGGCCCCUACUGCAGCCACCUGGCCUACGAGCCCGAGAGCCUGGGGGACAACCUGUACGUGUGCAUCCCGUGCGGCAAGGGCUUCCCCAGCUCGGAGCAGCUCAACGCCCACGUGGAGGCCCACACCGAGGAGGAGCUGUACCACAAGGCAGCCUCGGAGCAGGCCGGUCCCUUCCUGGACAAAGGUGGCCAGAGCCUGGGCGACAUCAUCCGUCCCUACCGCUGCUCCUCCUGCGACAAGGCCUACAAGGACCCGGCCACGCUGCGGCAGCACGAGAAGACGCACUGGCUCACGCGGCCCUACCCCUGCACCAUCUGCGGCAAGAAGUUCACGCAGCGCGGCACCAUGACGCGGCACAUGCGCAGCCACCUGGGCCUCAAGCCCUUCGCUUGCGACGCCUGCGGCAUGCGCUUCACCCGGCAGUACCGGCUCACCGAGCACAUGCGCAUCCACUCGGGCGAGAAGCCCUAUGAGUGCCAGGUGUGCGGCGGCAAGUUCGCCCAGCAGCGCAACCUCAUCAGCCACAUGAAGAUGCACGUGGCCGGGCCCGACGGCAAGGCCAAGCUGGACUUCCCUGAGAGCGUCUUCGCCAUGGCGCGGCUCACGGCCGACCAGCUGGGCCUCAAGCAGGAGAAAGCGGCCGAGCUGCUGUCGCACACCUCACACUUCCUCAGCGACCCCAAGGGCCUGGAGAGCCUGUACCCGCUGGCCCGGUUCACAGCCGAGCACCUGGGGCUGAGCCAGGAGAAGGCGGCCGAGAUGCUGGGUCCAGCCUCACACCUGCACAGCGAAGGUGGCCGGAGCAUAGAGUGCUAUUCCCCCACCUAAUGGGGCAUCCCAGGGCUGCCCAUUCCAGCCACAGCCAAAGAGCCCACGUGGCCAUGGGUCUCCAGAGCCCACCGCCCCCUCCCCAGAUGGACUCUCUGUAGCAUUUGGGGAGUGGUAACUUUUCUCCCUGAAAAUGUGCAGUGGCCGAAUGCUUCCUCCAGCCUCCAUCCAAUGGGGAAAAGCCAAAAGCGCCAAAGAGGGGGUGGGGUGAGCCCCUGGCAAAGGGCACUGGGCAGCAGCUCUCUCCAGCUGCUCACUCUCAACCUGGUGUAACGGGAGCAGCAGAAGGGUUUGAUCUUCUGAGGCCUCUGCAGGAAUCUCUACACCCUGGCCCAGCAAACCCUGCCCAGAGCCUGGGCCUGGCGCCUCCCUCUUGCUGCAGAGCCCUGGUUGGGGCAGCUCCUCUCCCAGCUCUGACUGGAGCUGGGCCUGGCUCCCAAAGACCCUCCUGGGCCCCACCUAGCUGAGCCAAAACCAACCCAGCCCCUGCACCCUUGUUGUACUCAGGGAUGGCCCCAGCAUCCUGCCUCACCCAGGCCAGGCCCAGCUGCCUCACGGAAGAAUUCCUGCCCUGGGCGAUUGCCGAGGAGCCUGGCCCCAGAGACUCCCCGUCCCCAAUCGCUGGUGGGAGGGAGCAUGGAUCUGGGGCCCGGCUGGCCCUAGACUGAGCCUCUGGGAUGCAUCCAUCCCUCCCCACCCUCUACUCUGUGGGAUCCCAGGUGGGAACCAUGCUGCUGUUUCUCAGGGGGUCUCUGCUGGGAAGUGGGCUGGAAGCAUGAGGACACAGGAGCAGUUUGGUGGGCCCCCCCUCUUCUCUCCUCCCUCCCUCGGCGGUGCCCAGGCAGAGCAGGGCUCUAGGCCGCAGAGCAUGCAGGCAGGGCAGUGAAGCGGGGCUGGGCUGCUCUCUCCAUGCUGUGCUCCUUGUACCGAAGGGCCGUGUCCCUGUGCCAGGGCGUCUUCCCGUCCCCCCAACAGCUCUGGUGGGAGGCCCCCUCUCCUCUGCUCCCCGGAGGCUCAGUCCUGGCCCAGGAGCUUGUGACGAAGACAAAAUCUCUCAGUCACCUGCUUCGCUGUGCCAGGGAGAGGCAGCAGCUGCCUUGCUGGGCUCCGCUGGGCAGCAGGGCUCUGCCAUGCUCUGGCGGGGGGGGCUGGGCUUUAUGCUCAAGCCCGUGGGGGGCAGUGCAGGGGCCAAUGACACUGAGGGGGUGAGCGGUUAGGUCUCUGCCCUGGUGGCCAAUGGGGACAGGUGCUGCAUGCAGGCGCCCCCCCACCUGAUAGCACACAGAGCUCUGACCCUCAGGCCGGCCGGGCUGCACUGAGCGGGCAGAUCCUCCCCGCACUCCUGGGUUAAUGGGGCACAAGAUCUAGGUGCUGCCCAAGAUCAGGGCUGCUCGGAGCCCUGCCUGGGGCCUUCCUUGCUCUGUCCAGGCAGGGCCACCAGAGACGUGGAGGCUGGGCCCAGGGCCCUGCCGUGAGUGACCCAGGGCGGGGUCCCAUACCACCCCCGUCUGGCCUGCAGGAUAAUGUGAAGCUCUUUUCCCUGCCUUGUCUUUUCUCCUUUGCACACCAGGCCGAGGUGGCCACCCCACAGUGCCUGCUCCUGGCCUCCAACCAACUGUGCCUUUAGCCUGACCGGCUGCUCCUCCAAGGGGCUUUGGGUCCAACUGCUCCCAGUGCCAAAUGUCCAUGCCCAGCUCAGGUGCCUCUGGCUAGCAGAGACUCAGGACACUGACCCUGCGUCCCCUUUCCAGCUGCGCAGGAACUUGGGCACCGAGGGGCUCCCCGGGCACCGAAGGGCUUGUCUAGGGCCAGGAAUCGCAGGCCAGAGUCCGGCCCCGGCUGCCCUGCACCCUUGCAGCCAUCAGGGACAAAGCUGCAGCAGCUGCGACCAAAGCGCGGGGGGAGGGGACGUAUCCAGUGCCUGGAUCCAGGUCUCCCUGCCCCCGCCCAGUUUGUAUAUUCUUCUGAUUUGUACACGGGCAUUUUGUCCCAUCCUUUUCUAUACUCAAGACCAAAUGAGCAAUAAAGUGAAGUUAACACGUGA